AUGUACGAUAGAGAAACUUAUUAAGGAAAACACCUUUUACGACCCAUUUUGAACAUCAAUUUGGAACAAAACAUUAACAAUUAGAGUUUCGUAUGAAUAACGAAGAUCUUAUCCAGAGCGUAAGCGGAGACGAAGCCGCAGGGGCUCUACAAUCAACUUGCUCUGACACAAACAUUCAGGACGGAAUGAAAAGGGCAGCAGCGAAACAGUUGAUAGAAGCGUACUAUUUCCAGCUGACCGAUGGCUGUGGGGAUCAGCACUGCACCAACACAAACUGUGCCUCGAGUACAAAUUUCGCCCUUAAGGACAAGGACAGGAACGUCCUGGCCGUCAUGUCCAUUGACCUUUUCAAAAAUAAGGCCCAGUUAUGUGAGAAUGAAAGAAACAAAAUUGCUCGCAAUGAGAUUCCCAGUCCUAUGAAACAAGACUCACCCUCUCAGAAUAGCGGUCCUUCUAAGGUAACAGUGGGGCAGGCCCUGCAAUUGACCCGGACUCCGCCUAUCCCUGGGCCAUCUACAUCAAAGUCUUCAGGGGGAGCCACUCCGAAAAUGAAGCCUUCAACACCUACAGAACCAAAGGAGACGCCAUACCUAGAUGAAGAGAAGCUGCAUGCAAUUCUGAAACCGUGUACUGACACAAACGACUGGUCACCUCUCAUCAAGUGUAUUGGCUCAGUGUUUUACUCUCCAGAGUCCCUGAUCAAAAGUUUCCAGAAGAAGUCAACCAAUAAUUUAAUCAAGGCCAUUCUGCAACACGACUCAGAUGACAAUAUGGAUACAAACGAUGAUUUCAUUGACAUACACAAGGUUAAAACUGUGAAUUUGGAAGACCGUGAUGAGAUCAAUGUUGAUAUAGAAUCAUUGCAAAGAUGCUUUGAAAUGUUGAUGGACACUCCAGACUUGCCAUUCCAAAAUGCCUUGAUCAAUGCCAUUGUGAGUUUAUCAAAAGAUAUUGUUAUAAACUUCAAAUUCACCCGAAAUUUGGAACGAAAAGAGAAUUACUUGAACAUAUUUGUGAUCAUUAUGGAAAUACCAUUGCUCCAUAGUCCAGAAUUUAUAGACAGUGCCUAUCCAGAGUUCUGUAAAGCCCUGGGCUGUAUGCCUCUGUCAGGACAGGUAAAACUUGCCCGUUACUGGUCAAAGUUCAGUGCCGAUCGAUUACGAAAUAUGGUUCUAUCUCUUCAACAGUUAUUAACAGUAAAAUUGAUUGACGGAGAAUCAAAGUAUAGCCGUGCUUUCCAAGUCAAUGAUGACGAGUGUAUAACUGGCCCAGUGAGAGUCAUGAAAAUACUGUACUAUGCAAGUCUGUAUGGUGGACAGAGGGAUUCGAGGAAAAUACUUGACGAGGAGCGGAAGAUUCUUGAAGCUGAGAGUGAGAUGCAGAAUGAGAUGCUGGGUGGGGCAGGGGCCAUGGGGGUGGAACGUGAGGGGAAAGAGGUCAGGCCAGUCAGGGACGACCCGCUCGCUAAGGAGCUGGACAUUUCACACGCAGACUGUCCCAGCCCAUUAGUUCCAUUUGAGGAUUUUAUCAAUGACACUCUGAACGAAACUGUCAGCAUGGAAAUGGAUUACAAAUACAAGCUGGAUAGUGAAGAGACACCAAUGAAGUUUUCAUUCUUCAAUCACAGUUUUGUGCUAAACAUGCCCUCCAAACAGAUGGGCCUGUAUAUGGACAAUCGUGUACAGAUGUACAAGGAGCGACGGUCAUCUGUGAUACAGACCAUCGUACAUGGGAUGCCCACAAUGCCAUACCUGCGCAUACGAGUCUCCAGAAAUAGAAUCAUCGACGAUGCCCUGGUGGCUUUGGAGAUGGUAGCGAUGGAGAACCCGUCAGACCUUCGUAAGCAGCUUUUUGUGGAGUUUGACGGGGAGCAGGGCGUCGACGAGGGUGGCGUCUCCAAGGAGUUCUUCCAGCUUAUCGUAGAGGAAAUAUUCAACGUUGACUUUGGCAUGUUCACAUACAACCCUGACACAAGGCAGUUCUGGUUUAACCCGAUGUCUUUCGAGAAUGAAGGCCAAUUUACUCUUUGCGGCAUUGUGCUAGGCCUGGCAAUCUACAACAGUACUAUAGUGGACGUCCACUUCCCAUCGGUUGUGUACAGGAAACUGGUCGGCAAACUGGGAACCUUUCAGGACCUUAAAGGAGUGGAUCCCACCCUUGCCCGGACCCUGCAGGAUCUGUUAGACUACGAGGGCACAGACAUGGAGGACGUGUUUAUGCAGACUUUCCAAAUUAGCUACCUGGACGUGUUUGGCUCAACCAUCACACACUCACUCAAGGAUGCAGGCGAAACCAUUCCAGUCAACCAGCUCAAUAAACAGGAGUUUGUGGACAUGUAUGCAGACUUCAUCCUGAACAAGUCAAUAGAGAAGCAGUUCCGGGCAUUUCGACGGGGUUUCUCAAUGGUGACAAAUGAGAGCCCUUUGAGAGCCCUGUUCAGACCAGAAGAGAUAGAGAUGCUUAUCUGUGGUAGUGAGGACUAUGAUUUCAAUGCCUUAGAGGACGCUUGUGAAUAUGAUGGAGGCUUUGACAAAAAAUCUCAAACAAUUAGGGAUUUCUGGGAGGUGGUGCAUGGUUUUGAUGAUGAGAAAAAGUGCCAGCUGCUGCAGUUCACAACAGGGACAGACCGGGUGCCUGUGGGAGGACUCUCGAAACUCAAACUGAUUAUUGCCAGGAACGGACCAGAUUCAGACAGGUUGCCGACGGCCCACACCUGCUUCAAUGUUCUGCUGCUCCCAGACUACCUGAACAAGGAGAAACUACAGGAGAGACUGCUCAAGGCCAUUACAUACUCCAAGGGCUUCGGCAUGCUGUAAUAAUGAGGGAGAAGGGGGCAAUACUGUGCUAUAAUUUAUUAAGGAGUGCAUUUUUUGCUAGUGCCAGGAUUGUUUUUUGGUGACUUUUCUUUUCUCUAAAUAGAUUAACUAUCAGUCAUGUUCACAGUAUUUAAUGAGCGUAAUUAUUCGAAUCAUAUAUGACUUAAACAUGUUUUUACUCUCUUUUUAAAAAAAAAUCUUUGUUUUUCAAAAUAGAAAAAAUAAAGAUACUAUGAAAUGAAGUUUAAAGAUAAAAAUAUGUGGCUUUGAAAAGGAAGUUAAUUGUGAUUUCUAUCUCGUCCCGCCCUUGUGUUAACAAUAAAUGAAUGAUGUGAGAGACAGGUUACUAUAUUUGCUGUGAUAUGUGCCACCCACUUGUUUGUGUGAUAUUCUUAUGUAUGUUAGUUUAAAUGUCAAACAUACUUGUUUAUUUUAGAAUGUUUUCAGUAGUGUUGUUCUCUGAUGUUUCUUGAUACUUCUUGUUUUAUGAUUCUUGUUAGCAAAUGUAUGUAGAAUUGCCAGUCUCAGUAUCGGAAACUUCUUAGAACAUGUACUUAAAUCUUAAUGUUGCCAAAAAUGCUGUGACUGGCUUGUACGACGAUGGAUCUGACAGAUUUCAAUAUGUGUCCUUUUCAGCAAUGACAUUGGGCUGAUGGUUCAGAACUUUGUUAAAGUAAACAACAAUGUUAAUUUUCAAAUCUUUAUUGCUCUGGAUGUGUAACGGAUACACUGGUGAUCUGCAAGAUGAUAGACAGAGUGUUGACUUGACUUUAAAGCUACUUACCAGAAUAACAAUUGUAUUGUUUUACUGAAGCUAUUGGCAUAUAAAUUCUUUUCUAUGUCAGUUUAAGCAGAAAAAGAUACAACACUAACGAGUUAUAGUUGAUUGAUAUUUUUGUCAUAAAAAAAAUCCUUUUUUUUUCCCAGCCAUAUUCAUGCAUAACAUAAAACAGUCAUUAUAAAACAACCAUACUCUUAAUGGAGCCAUAUUUUUGCAUACCCAGGAUUAACUAUAUGUACUUAACACUUUUUGUUAUCACUUUGUUUGUUAGAUCUUCUUGUUUUGUUAUUAUUUUUUGCAAAUGUAUUAUUUGUUUGGAAUGUUUUAUUGUACCCAAAUUUUUAUCGCAUUGCCACUGAUCUGUGGAAAAAUGAAAUGUUGUUUCAUAUAAUUAAUGGGAGUUAAAUGCACGGAGCACAUGAAAUUAACUUAGCCGGAGUUAAGUCCCUUCCAUAUGAAAUCGUUGAAACUGUGUAAAAUUGAACUGUACCAAAUUGCAAAUAAAUGCCAUCUGGAUUUGUUUGCAUUUGAAUAUAUAAAUUAAUAUUUUAUGUCAUGAAAUAAAAAUAGAAUAUAUCCUACUAAACAAUGAAAAAUCACUGUCUUAAUGCUGAUGGUGUGUGACCAUGGCCUAAUUGUCCUUCAUAGUACUCUCUUGCUGCUUUCCAUGUACCCUGCUGGCUUAGUUGACCUUCUAUGGCAUCAUUUAUUUUGCUCAGCAAAAUAAAUGUUAUACCUCCAUUGUUUAACACACAAUAUUUCUGAAGUAUGCCUAUUUGUUAAAACUUUGUUUAUAAAAUCCCGUUUUAUUUUCUUACUAUAUUUUUGAAUAACCAACUGUUUUUGAACAUUGUAAGUUUAAUCGAAUACCUAGACAAAUAUGUGUACUUUACAAUCAUAAACAAUAUACAUAUUGGUAAAUAACCAGAUUUUUGCUUGUUUUAUUUGUCCAAUUUUUUUAAUUGUGCUAUUUCAGUGCUAAGUUUUUGAGUUAAAGUUUUCAUGUUGAUAAGUUACCAAGCUUUGCUAGAGCAAAUGAACAAAUCUUAACCAAUGUGACAGUAUUUAUCUUGCUCGGUUCCUUAGCAUAGAUUAGUAGAACAUUUAAUGUCUGAAAAAACAAAAAGAAUUCCCUUUAAAUGUAAUCAAUAGAGGAUAUUUGCCUUGCAGUUGCUAGGUCAUGCUUUUAUAUGUGAUGUGUGUAUGUCAUAAUAUUGUUGUCUUUGUUAAUUGGGAAAACAUGAUCCUAUUUGUAAUAAAUUUAUGAAAAACUUCA